AUGCCUGACUUUGCCUCGUACCUUGAGCGAUGCCUGAACCGAGAAAUUCUCCCCGAGGCCGAUGUACUGGCCCUUUUAUGGCGCGCCAUGGAGCUUCUUUCAGAAGAGCCGACCGUUAUUCCUAUCUCGUCUGCUCCAUCUCUAAACGUUUGCGGGGACGUCCACGGCCAGUUUUAUGAUGUACGAUAUAUGUUUGAAUUCGGGGGGAAGAUCGUCGAUGGGGCUCGCUACCUUUUUCUCGGAGAUUACGUUGACAGGGGGUACUACAGUCUGGAGACGAUCACCCUCCUUCUUUGCUUGAAAGUCAAUUAUCCCGCAAGAAUAUAUUUACUGCGGGGCAACCAUGAGUGCAGGGCAGUCACGCAGACGUAUGGAUUCUAUGAUGAAGCGUACAGGAAGUACGGCCACGCCGGUGUCUGGAAGAUGUACAUGGAGCUUUUCGACCAGCUACCUCUUGUAGCGAUCAUCGAUGAGCGCAUAUUCUGCGUCCAUGGCGGUAUCAGCCCGUCUCUGCCCACCAUUGACGAUAUUCGCAUCCUGAACCGGUCGUCGGAGAUCCCCAGCGAGGGGCCCUUUGCAGAUCUGCAGUGGUCUGAUCCGUCGACGGCCCUUGAGACGUGGGAGCACUCGUACCGCGGAGCAGGAUACCUCUUUGGGCCCAGAGCGGUUGACCAGUUCCUUAGAAUCAACGACCUCAAGAUGAUUGCCCGCGCGCACCAGCUCGCCAUUGCCGGGUAUCAGAAGUACUUCAAUGGCACGGUGGUUACAAUCUGGAGCGCGCCGAAUUACUCCUAUCGCACUAAGAACAGUGCGAGCAUUAUGGUUGUUAAGUCUGCAGAAGAAGAAUUCAAGAUUUUCGAGGCUGUUCCCGCGGACCAGAGGGAGCUUCCACCCGACUCUUACAUGAGCUCACUGACUGGCGGGUGGGAUUGA